UAAUCAAUUAAUUGUGCUUUUCUUUAUCUUUUAUAAUAUAGUAAAUAAUGCUUUUUAAGUCUCGUAUUUGUAUUGGCAUUUUACUGUUGCCAUGGUUUCCAUGUACUUGGGAGAAGUGCAUCUUUGACCAAGUUCAGAGAUCAAUCAAAGUUGUGUCCCCGCCCACUGGUCAAUACGCCUCUGCUCAUUGGUCUAUGAGAGAAACUACGUCAGAGGAAAAUCCAGCGCCCCACAGUUCGAAACAUCAAAGACCUAAAAGAGCAGAGAUACAUGUGGAAUCCAUGACGGCUCCACAACCAAUCAGAAUCAAGAUCUGGGUCCCCUCAGAAAGCCCCGCCCUCACAGAAUUGGAGUCAGAGAGAUUAAUGCCUGCCGUCGAUGAGGCUGUGGGUGAAGUUUCAAGUUUAUUGUCAGUGAGGCCAGUUCAACACAGUCUGCUGCUGAACAGAGACAUAAACAAAUACUGCAAGUUCAUCUGGAGAAACAGCAGCACUGUUAACCACAUGAAAUGUGGCAGAGCCAAUGAAAACUACAGAUUCGAGAGCUGCCUUGGCGUAAUUAUCCCAGAUGAGCACCUGAAUGGCUGUGCUGUUUAUCCACAUCCUGAGCACCCAGUCCGGACAAUGCUGAGGUCAGAGGGGACUGGAGUUCCUGAGACUGACUUCCUGUUGUAUGUGUUCACUCACAGCACAGAGAAAUGCCAAGCAGAGUCUGGUAUACUGGCUUAUGCUGCUCACUGUCAGAGCGACUCAGAGGGGCAUCCUGUGGCUGGGGCCAUGAUCAUCUGUAGAGAGACACUCAGUAUGGAAAGAUACACACAUGAGCAUUUUGUGCAGACAGUGAUCCAUGAGCUCUUCCACGUGUUGGGGUUCAGUAAAGAUCUCUUCAGCCAAUGGAAGGAUUGUUCUCUCUCCUCUCAGGCUGGCGUAUACUGCUGGUCUCAUGGUCAGGUGACCAGCACAGAUGAGAUGGGCCAGGUUAGACUGUAUUCUCCUACUGUGAUCAGAGAAAUGCAGAAACACCUCAACUCUACCCACCCUGACCUUGGAGCUCCGCUAGAGAACAAGGAUGCUGGUUCAGAUGGUCUCUCGUCACACUGGGAGACUCGUGUGCUUCAGGGUUCCAUUAUGGCAGCUUUACUGGUGGAACCGUCACUGAUUCGGAUCGAUCCCAUCACACUUGCUGCCCUCCAGGACAUGGGCUGGUAUUCAGUGAACUUCAGUCGAGCUCAGAGCUUGGUGUGGGGAGAAGGUGAAGGCCAUCGGUUUGGGUCGGUCUCUACCUGCAAUUCUUCUGCUUUCUUUUGUAAAGACAGUGGAUUAGGUUGUCAUUACCUUCACUUCCACAAGGGGAAGUGUCUUACUGAUCAGUACCUGGAUGGCUGCCAGAUUUUCAAACCCCUGGGUAAUGCUAGUGAGUGCUGGAAAGAGGAGAAUCAGGGGAGUGGAAUGAAAGGGAGUGGAGAGAUUUAUGGCUCGGACAGCCGCUGUUUUAUUUCCAACCUCACCAGACUGAAUAACGUGACCAGUAGUGCAGCGGUGGCAGGUCAUUGUUACAGACACAGGUGCACAGGAAUAAACAAAUAUCAAAUUCGGGUGAUGGAUUCUGAUUGGUUGGAUUGUCCAGCAGGAAAGAGCAUCGAGGUGUCUGGUUAUCAGGGUUUAAUCUUCUGUCCAGACAACAGAAUAUGUAAAUAUUCUGAUUUAGCUCCUCCUACAUCAAGACAAAAGGCAGAUGACCUAAUAAACGCGGGCACAUCCAUUGAGAGUAGUGAUGAUGUGAUGGAGAAAGACAUGUCCACUCCUCAUCCCAGCUUCAUGCAUCGCUCCUCCGUCACAGUGUCUGAGGCAGAGGUCAUUGUGGCAGCAGUGCUGAGCAUCAUAUCUGCUUUCUCUCUACUGUCUGCUGGAGUGCUCAUCUACAGGAAGUGUUCAUCAGCCAGGGUCAGAGUACAUGCUGCCAGUGAGCCUUCAUUCAGGCCACAGACGCCUCCCACCCAAUGCAUCAGAAGGAACUGAUUGUUGAACCAAAAGUGGACAAAUAAUAGGAUUCAAAAAGUAAAAAAAAAAAAUAUGUACGCGACGAAAUACAAAAAUAAUGACUU